AUGAUGGGACAGGCCACAUCUGAGGGAUCUCCCUGCUCUCAUCGUCUCUCAGUAAAAACUCAAGAGGAUGAUCAGGACCGAGCAGAGAGUGUACUCAGUCGGUCUCAGUCUGUGUGUGAUGACACCUCCUCUGAGCUGCAGCGAGUAGCGGCACUGGAGCCUCAAGAUGGGCCAUCUAGAAACUCCUUUAGAGGCAGAGGAGCACUAUCCAGGUUGGUGAGUCUGGUGGUCACUCUGAGAGACUGGGCACACAGAAGUCUGAUAGAGGAGGAGGAGAGACCAGAUUCUUUCCUGGAGAGAUUCCGAGGACCCGAAGUACAAGCCCCACCCAGUCGAAUCAGCAACAACCAACCAGAUGCCAACGGCAACACUAAAGGAAAUAUAAAGAAGAAAUGGGAGACAUUUAUAAUUUCUUCCACUGAUGAUGUGUACUAUUACUGGCUGUUCUUCAUUGCUGCAGCUGUGCUAUAUAACUGGGUUCUGCUUGUAGCCAGGGCAUGUUUUGAUCAGCUGCAGACUGAGAAUCCCAUUGUCUGGCUGGUUUUGGACUAUAUAUGUGAUUUUAUCUACAUACUGGAUUCAUGUAUGCGGCUAAGGACAGGUUACCUGGAGCAAGGACUUCUGGUGAAGGACCUGGCGAAACUGAAGGACAGCUACAUUAAUACUUUUCAGUUCAAAAUGGACCUUAUCUCCAUCCUCCCCACUGACCUGGCCUACAUCAGCAUGGGCAUCAAUACACCGCAACUCCGCUUCAACCGUCUCCUGCGCUUCUCACGUAUGUUCGAGUUCUUUAACCGAACAGAGACAAGAACCAACUACCCAAACAUCUUCCGUAUCUGGAACUUGGUGCUUUACAUCCUGGUCAUUAUUCACUGGAAUGCCUGCAUCUACUAUGCCAUCUCGAAGUCUCUGGGCUUUGGGUCUGAUCAGUGGGUUUACCCCAACAUUACACUCCCAGAGUUCGGAGAUCUGAAACGGUGUUACGUGUACUGCUUCUACUGGUCCACACUGACGCUCACCACCAUUGGUGAAAUGCCACCACCUGUACGGGAUGAGGAGUAUGUGUUUGUGGUGUUUGACUUUCUUGUUGGAGUCCUAAUCUUUGCCACCAUCGUAGGUAAUGUGGGUUCCAUGAUUUCCAAUAUGAACGCCACACGGGCAGAGUUUCAGGCACGGAUCGAUGCUAUUAAACAUUACAUGCACUUCCGCAAGGUUAGCCGCAACCUUGAGACACGUGUAAUCAAAUGGUUUGACUACCUCUGGACUAAUCAGAAAGCAGUUGAUGAACAGGAAGUCUUAAAGAAUCUUCCUGACAAGCUACGUGCAGAAAUUGCUAUCAAUGUUCAUUUAUCCACUCUGAAGAAAGUUCGCAUCUUUCAGGAUUGUGAGGCUGGGCUGUUAGUUGAGCUAGUUUUAAAACUGCGCCCCCAGGUGUACAGUCCUGGCGACUACAUAUGUCGAAAAGGAGAUAUUGGAAAAGAGAUGUACAUAAUUAAAGAAGGAAAGUUAGCAGUUGUUGCUGAUGAUGGAGUGACACAGUUUGCUUUGCUAACAGCUGGAGGAUGUUUCGGGGAGAUUAGCAUUCUUAACAUUCAGGGCAGCAAAAUGGGAAACCGGCGAACGGCUAACAUUCGUAGUAUCGGCUACUCAGACCUUUUCUGCCUGUCAAAGGAUGACCUAAUGGAGGCUGUAACUGAAUACCCAGAUGCUCAGAAAGUUCUGGAAGAGCGUGGAAGGGAGAUUCUGAGGAAGCAGGGACUUCUGGAUGAAAGUGCUGCCGCACAGGGAGGGAUGCUUGUAAUGGAUACGGAUGAGAAGGUUGAACGUCUGGAGGGCUCAUUGGAUGUUCUACAGACACGUUUUGCCCGGUUGCUGGGAGAGUUCACGGCAACUCAAAGCAGACUGAAGCAGAGAAUUACAGCACUUGAGAGACAGCUGUGUCAUACAGGGCUUGGUCUUGUUUCAGAUCAAGAGACUGACUUUGAGAGUGAUGGGAACACAUCACGUGCCAACUCAACUGCACAGACACAUUCACAAAUGGACACUGAGAGGUCAACCAAUGUAGAUCCUCAACCUGAAAACCAGCACUCACCCAGGAACACCAGGAACCGGGACUAAACAAAGACUUGAUUUUAUAAAGUGCUUUAGAUCAUUAUUAGGCUGGGAGAUAGUAAUUAUCAAAUCUCAUUAUCGCUACACUAAGUGUCUCUGUGUGACAAAUGUAUCACAGAGGAAUACUUUAAAGCAGUGUUUCUCAACUGGAGGGUCGCAGGACUGUUCAUAAAGGGUCACGGACAGCAGGAAAAGAACAAUGCCAGGGUUCUUCCACUAUGGAAAAUGUUUUGGUGGCCACCCAAGUGAAAUUUCGGGCCACAAUGGCAAAUGUAAUCAUAUUCGUCUCGCGUUCGCUGCCUUAAGGCCUUUGCACACCAGAGGCGACGUGAUAAUGCAAAAUUAAUCGUCUUUUCACGUAGAAAAAGAGGCGACUGAUCACCAUUAACACAUUCAUGCCUUUACAAUAGGUGGCACUACUUGUCAAGCAAUUUUACCCUGGUACGGUAGGUGGUGCAAAGCACCUUUAAGUUGGUCUGCCAUUUGCCCCUAACGGUUGAGAAGAACUAUGUGACAAGUUUGCUAAACAACCAUGAAAUCGUAAUACAAAAGACUAGCAAGCAAUCGACAUAAUGAGCAGAUCGAAAAAAGAAAGCUGCA